GGAAUUAUUUAGAUGUUUAUGUUGUUGCUAUUCUUUUGUUUUUGACGUUAAGUGGUGGUUUGGGUUAUAUUUUGUGUAAAAUUGCUAGAUACUCUUAUGCUAAAUAUAGGGGUAGAAAUAGAAAUUAUCAAAGACAUUUAAAGCAAAAAGGAGAGUA